AUGCUCGUAAGAAGAUGGGCAUUGAAUAAUGCCAUUAAGACCAGUAGAAUGAGUUGGAGAUGUGCAUCUAAUGAAACAAAGGAGGGCAGCAGAAGGUUCAUGCAGACUACUCCCAAAACUACACCAAAGCCUGAAUUCUAUGGUGGCUUCAAGUACAUGAACAAAGGCAGCAAUGCUAUUGAUGAUGACAAGAAGUGGUCAAAGCAUACACUUUCAGCACAGGACAAUUCUGAAUCGAAGAAAGAUGAAGUGCAUGUUCGCUCAAGGAGAUCCAGGACAACACGAUUUCAAAAUAAGAACUUGAAGAGCGUAGGAAGCAGUCAUAUCCGUGAAUCAGAAAACGAUGCACCAUCUCAAGAAGCUGUUGCAAAUGAGCCAACAAUAACGAUUGCUCAGGAACCUAAGAUUCCAGAUUCCAAUUCAAAUAAGAGCAAGGUGCCUGAAAAAAGCUCUGGUGUAAAUGCCGUUUCACAACCUAAGAAAAGAAGAACGUUGAAGCCAAGAAAAGCAUUGAUUACGUUAUCUCCAUCAGCAGUUAAGCAUUUGAAGGGCUUAUUGAACCAGCCAGAUCCCAAAAUGAUUAGAAUAGGUGUUAAAAAUAGAGGUUGCUCUGGAUUGACCUACAAUUUAGAAUACGUGUCAGAGCCAGGGAAAUUUGAUGAAACUAUAGAACAAGACGGGGUCAAGGUUUUGAUAGAUUCAAAGGCAUUAUUUUCAAUAGUUGGGUCUGAAAUGGAUUGGCUAGAUGACAAGUUAUCAUCUAGGUUUAUCUUCAAAAAUCCGAAUUCUAAAGGAACAUGUGGUUGUGGGGAGUCAUUCAUGGUUUGA